UCCUCCUCCUCCUCCUCCUCCUCCUCAUCAUCAUCAUCAUCAUCAUCAUCAUCAUCCUCGAAGGCCAAGUCCGUCUCAACUGGACGCCGUCCGAACGGCUCGGCGCCACCUCGUGCUUCACCGUUCAUCGCAUCGCGGCGUCGGCCCACACCCUGUGGCCUCAGAUGUCCACCACAUCCGACCAAGACGGGUAGGCAGAUGCGUCAACCAGGCGUCGGGGAGGACAACAGUCGCCAGUUGCCUUGGCAGACCAAGGAGCGCGAGGCGGCACGGAAAGAGGAGGAGGAGGACAGUCUUGGAGCCUUUGAAAAGAACGAGGCUCUUUUCACCUCCGGCGUCUGGCUGGUUCGUGGUGAGCUAGUCACCGCCUCAACCGGACUGGCUCAGACCAGCUGUUGCUUCCUAUCUCUCGACGCGGAAGUGUUCAGGUUGUUGUAUGCAACUCCACCAUUGUCACCUUUACACGACAACACACACACAAACACGCACUCCUGCCUGGCAUGUAUGAUGAACGUGGCUUCACGGAGCUGA